CGCGCUAGAAAACACGCACAACACAACUGCAAAGCUAACUUAAAGAAGCUUAAGAAGACAGAAGAGGACGCAAUAGUUACACGUAUACUAGAGCUAGAUAAGCAAGGGAUAGGCCCUACAAGGACUAUAGUAGAAGAAAUGGCCAACAAUCUGCUCGCUGCGCGCGGUAAAGGACCUGUUAGCAAGAACUAG